AUGGUUUACCCCGUCCUGUGGAGCCCCAGGCACCCCCUGGCAUCAGGAAUGGUUUACCCCGUCCUGUGGAGCCCCAGGCACCCCCUGGCAUCAGGAAUGGUUUACCCCGUCCUGUGGAGCCCCAGGCACCCCCUGGCAUCAGGAAUGGUUUACCCCGUCCUGUGGAACCCCAGGCGCCCCCUGGCACCCCCUGGCAUCAGGAAUGAUGAUGGUCCUUACUCUAAAGGGAACAAGGACUCACAAGGGACAGACAAUUCCCUGACCUCCAGGAGACAGAGUAUCCCAGAAGAUGUGCGGGGCGUGACGAUAGUGGAGCUGAUUAAGAAGGAAGGCAGCACCUUGGGCCUCACCAUCUCUGGAGGAACAGACAAGGACGGAAAGCCCCGCGUCUCCAACCUACGACCAGGAGGUCUGGCUGCCAGGAGUGAUCAGUUGAACGUGGGCGACUACAUUAAGUCAGUGAAUGGUAUCAACCUGACUAAGCUGAGACACGAAGAGAUCAUCAGUCUGUUGAAGAACGUGGGCGAACGAGUUGUCCUGGAAGUGGAGUACGAACUACCCCCAUCAGCACCAGACAGUACCUCAGGUGUGAUUUCCAAGACAAUGGAGAUAUGUUUGCACAAAGAAGGGACCAGCUUCGGCUUCGUCAUGAGAGGGGGCUCACAUGAAGACUGGAACAAAUCUCGCCCCCUAGUGGUGACAUACGUCAGACCAGGAGGUCCUGCAGACAGAGAGGGCAGCCUGAAGCCGGGGGAUCGUCUGAUGUGUAUAGACGGGGUGCCCCUCCACAGUGCCAACCACAGGGAUGCCCUCGCCGUGCUCAACCAGUGUGGUCAGGAGGCCCUCCUACAGAUCGAGUAUGACGUCUCUAUCAUGAAUACUGUGACGAAUGUGUCUGGUCCCCUAUUGGUGGAGAUCGCCAAGUCACCAGGGGCGGCUCUGGGUAUCACCUUGACAACCGCCACCCACAGGAACAGACAGGUCAUCGUCAUCGACAGGAUCAAAGCAGCUAGUGUGGUGGACAGGUGUGGAGCUCUCCAUACAGGGGACCACAUCCUGUCCAUCGAUGGGACCAGCACAGAGCACUGUUCAGUCCUAGAGGCCACACAGCUGCUAGCCAGCACAUCAGACCAGGCCAAGCUAGAGAUCCUCUCUGCCCACCACAGCAGACUGCCUAACAAACCACAGGACACUGUGAAGGUUCAGAAGAGUGACCACCCCCACUCGUGGGACCCCUGUGUGAACUACUGUCCCCCCCAGCACCCCUCCUCUCACUGUAAGACCUGGACCACCUCUAACAACCCCUCCAGCACACAGGAAUACUGCAAAUCCCUAGUGUCUACCAACUUCUCCCCUGGUUCCACCACCACAACAUCAGGUCCUGGGUCGACCAGCCAGAUAUCCAGUACGCUGCCCCGUGCAGCCGUCCCCAUGAGCCCACGCAACUCCAUGAUGAAGAGACGACAGAGGAAAAAAGAGCAUAAGAGCUCAUCCGUGUCCCUGGCAUCCAGUAGUGUAGGUCCUGGUGGCCAGAUCGUCCACACAGAGAGCAGUGAGAUCAUCCUGAGAGGAGACCCCCUCAAUGGCUUUGGGGUCCAACUACAGGGGGGAAUAUUCGCUACAGAGACCCUCUCUGCUCCCCCUCUCAUCCGCUUCAUAGAGCCAGACAGCUCUGCUGAGAGGUGCGGACUGCUGCAAGUGGGAGACAGACUCCUGUCCAUCAACGGAAUCCCCACGGAGGACGGAACACUGGAGGAAGCGAAUCAGCUUCUCCGAGAUGCGGCUCUGACCAAUAAGGUCUCCCUGGAGGUGGAGUUUGACGUCGCAGAGUCUGUUGUGCCCAGUAGUGGAACGUUCCAUGUUAAACUACCUAAGAAGAGAGGGGUGGAACUGGGCAUCACCAUCAGUGCCAGUAAGAAAUCUGGAGAGCCGUUAAUCAUCUCAGACAUUAAGAAAGGCAGCAUGGCUCACAGGACUGGUACCUUGGAGCCUGGGGACAAGCUCCUGGCCAUAGACAACAUCAGACUGGAGAGCUGUUCUAUGGAAGACGCCUGUCAGAUCCUAGAACAGGCCGAGGACCUGGUUAAACUCAAGAUCCGUAAGGACGAAGACAACUCUGAUGAACAGGAGACGUCUGGUUUAAUCAUCUACACGGUGGAGCUGAAGAGAUAUGGAGGCCCGCUGGGGAUCACCAUCUCAGGCACGGAGGAGCCCUUUGACCCCAUCGUCAUCUCUGGCCUCACCAAGCGGGGCCUGGCUGAAAGGACCGGAGCGAUCCAUGUGGGAGACCGUAUUCUGGCUAUCAACAGUGUCAGUCUGAAGGGCAAGCCGCUCAGCGAGGCCAUUCACCUGCUACAGAUGGCCGGGGAGACGGUCACACUCAAGAUCAAGAAACAGGUCGACAUGGCAGACGAGAAGAAGAAGGAUGGAGAGAUGGAGAAUGAUUUGAGUGACACGGAGGACGUGUCGGACAUGACAGACUCUCAGAAGACCAACAAGCUGUCAGAGAUCUACUCCACCACCAUACCCAGUGUGGACUCUACCAUGGAGUCCUGGGACGGAUCUGGCAUCGACGCGGGCUACGGAAGCCAAGGGCCCUACAACCCCCAGGCGGCAGGCAUCGCCCUGCACCCCCAUGAGUGGAGGAGUGCUAGGCAGAGGACCAGCCCCCCGCCCCCGGGCCGCCGUAGUAACAACUACCCUUUCAGUGACGGGGGCUUCAGUGAAGACGACUGGGACAAACCGUCAGGAUACACCAGCCAGCCUCACAGUGACGCCAUCAUGCUCGACCACGAGGACAGUUUCUGGUGUCAGGCACUGGAAGACCUGGAGACCUGUGGACAGUCUGAGCUCCUCAGAGAGAUAGAGGCAUCUAUUAUGACGGGCAGUGCCAUCAGUAUUGGGGUGGAUGGUAACAAGUCCCAUGGCCUCCCCCACCCUGGAGACCCCGUCUGCCAGCCCCGUAUCAGCCCUCUGCGGAGGAGAUCCCUCCAGCACCACGAUGCCAAGACCCACCUGCACCAGGAGGCCCACCUCCACCAGGGGGCCCACCUGCCUCCGGAGGACCAUCUGCACCCGGAGGCCCAACUGCUGCAUCACGAGGCCAGAACCCAGCUGCAUCACGAGGCCAGGGCAAAGAACACACUCCGGGUGUCUGAGAAGACCUGGGAGUCUCGUAGGAUCAAGGAAGAGAUGCAGGAGAUCCUCUCCCCUACCCCUCUGGAGCUACACAAGGUGACGGUGAUGAAGGAUCCAGAGAGCGAUGACUUCGGCUUCAGCGUCUCCGACGGGUUCCUGGAGAAAGGUGUUUUCGUCAACAUGAUCCGUCCGGAGGGCCCAGCAGACCGCGCAGGCCUGAAACCAUAUGACAGGAUCCUACAGGUGAACCACGUGCGUACCAGAGACUUCGAUUGCUGCCUGGCUGUGCCUCUGAUCACUGAGGCUGGGGACAAGCUAGAGCUGGUGAUCAGCAGGAACCCUCUGGCCCAGCAACUGCACCAUGAACCGGACUGUCUGGACCAGGACCAAGGACUUCUCAUCUCUGCACUGCAGUCCAACAGUAGGGAACACCACCACUAUACCACUACAACCCGAGCCAUGGACCUGUAGUUACAGACAGACAGCACAGACACGCCAAGCCGCAGACUGUUACCAUGGAGCAGUCUGUGAAUCUACAGACACACACAGAACAAUGGACCUUCUUUGGACAUGUGAACUACAGACGCAGCCACAGUCCAGUACCAUGGACACACCAAGUCACAGACUGAACUUCUGAAUGAACUACAGACAGGAGCCUCAAACCAGUACUAUAGACCUGUGACUAAAGACACAGACCUGUACUAUAGACUAUAGACCUGUGACUAAAGACACAGACCAAUACUAUAGACUAUAGACCUGUGACUAAAGACACAGACCAGUACUAUAGACUAUAGACCUGUGACUAAAGACACAGACCAGUACUACAGACCUGUAACUAAAGACACAGACCAGUACUAUAGACCUGUGACUAAAGACACAGACCAGUACUAUAGACUAUAGGCCUAUGACUAAAGACACAGACCAGUACUAUAGACCUGUGACUAAAGACACAGACCAGUACUAUAGACUUGUGACUAAAGACACAGACCAGUACUAUAGACUAUAGGCCUGUGACUAAAGACACAGACCAGUACUAUAGACCUGUGACUAAAGACACAGACCAGUACUAUAGACCUGUGACUAAAGACACAGACCAGUACUAUAGACCUGUGACUAAAGACACAGACCAGUACUAUAGACUAUAGACCUGUGACUAAAGACACAGACCAGUACUAUAGACUAUAGACCUGUGACUAAAGACACAGACCAGUACUAUAGACUAUAGACCUGUAACUAAAGACACAGACCAGUACUAUAGACUAUAGACCUGUGACUAAAGACACAGACCAGUACUAUAGACUAUAGACCUAUAACUAAAGACACAGACCAGUACUAUAGACUAUAGACCUGUGACUAAAGACACAGACCAGUACUAUAGACUAUAGACCUGUGACUAAAGACACAAACCAGUACUACAGACCUGUGACUAAAGACACAAACCAGUACUAUAGACCUGUGACUAAAGACACAGACCAGUACUAUAGACCUGUGACGAAAGACACAGACCAGUACUAUAGACUAUAGACCUGUAACUUUACUAUAAAAAAAUCAAUUAAAAAGUUGACGUGUUCACUAGAUCCCUUCACUAGAACCAACUGGCUCAGAGAAACAGGCUCAGAGCAACAGACUCAGAUCCACAGACACAGAGAAACAGGCUCAGAGAAACAGACUCAGAUCCACAGACACAGAGAAACAGGCUCAGAGCAACAGUCUCAGAGCCAAAGACACAGAGAAACAGGCUCAGAGAAACAGGCUCAGAGAAACAGGCUCAGAGCCAAAGACACAGAGAAACAGGCUCAGAGAAACAGGCUCAGAGCCAAAGACACAGAGAAACAGGCUCAGAGAAACAGGCUCAGAGAAACAGGCUCAGAGCCAAAGACACAGAGAAACAGGCUCAGAGCAACAGUCUCAGAGCCAAAGACACAGAGAAACAGGCUCAGAGAAACAGGCUCAGAGCCAAAGACACAGAGAAACAGGCUCAGAGAAACAGGCUCAGAGCCAAAGACACAGAGAAACAGGCUCAGAGAAACAGGCUCAGAGCCAAAGACACAGAGAAACAGGCUCAGAGAAACAGGCUCAGAGCCAAAGACACAGAGAAACAGGCUCAGAGAAACAGGCUCAGAGAAACAGGCUCAGAGAAACAAGCUCAGAGAAACAGGCUCAGAGCCAAAGACACAGAGAAACAGGCUCAGAGAAACAGGCUCAGAGAAACAGGCUCAGAGCCAAAGACACAGAGAAACAGGCUCAGAGAAACAGGCUCAGAGCCAAAGACACAGAGAAACAGGCUCAGAGCCAAAGACACAGAGAAACAGGCUCAGAGCCAAAGACACAGAGAAACAGGCUCAGAGCCAAAGACACAGAGAAACAGGCUCAGAGAAACAGGCUCAGAGAAACAGGCUCAGAGAAACAGGCUCAGAGCCAAAGACACUGUUCGUGGCCACUGGACUCCAUAACAAAAUCCUUAGAGACUCCCAGAUCUCUCAAACACUGAGAGGUGUCUUCAGCCCCACCAACCCUGGUGCAAAAAGAAAUGAAGAGUUUUUUUACAGAUGCAUUUUCCCCACAAGUCUUGUGUUUCACGUGUUGCCAUUCUGCCAACCUCUUACAAAAACAUAGAAGAAGAAGAAACCAUGUACCUAUGUCAUACAGUGAGUGGACAAAAAAUUAAGAACACCUUCCUAAUAUCGAGUUUCACUCCCCACAUUUUUGCCCUAAGAACAGCCUCAAUUCGUCGGGGCAUGGACUGUAACGAGGUGUCGAAAGCGUUCCACAGGGAUGCUGGCCCAUAUUGACUCCAAUUGUUUUUUAUUUAUUUAACCUUUAUUUAACUAGGCAAGUCAGUUUAAGAACACAUUUUUAUUUACAAUGACAGCCUACCCCGGCCGACGCUGUGCCACUUGCGCGCAGCCCUAUGGGACUCUCAAUCACGGCCGGAUGUGAUACAGCCUGGAAUCGGACCAGGGACUGUAGUGACGCCUCUUGCACUCUGUGCCACUCGGGAGCUUUACAACCUGUUGUGUCAGGUUUUAGCUGAAUGUUCUUUGGGUGGUGGACCAUUCUUGAUACACACAAUAAACUGUUGAGCGUGAAAAACCCAGCAGCAUUGCAGUUCUUGACACAAACCGGUGUGCCUGGUACCUACUACCAUACCCCGUUCAAAUGAACAUAAAUCCUUUUGUCUUGCCCAUUCACCCUCUGAAUGGCACAAAUACACAAUCCAUGUCUCAAUUGUCUCAAGGGUUAAAAGUCCUUCUUUAACUUGUCUCCUCACCUUCAUCUACAUGUCUCCUCCUCUUAAUCUACACUGAUUGAAGUGGAUUUAACAAGUGACAUCAAUAAGGAUCAUAUCUUUCACCUGGAUUCACCUGGUCAGCCGAUGUCAUGGAAAGACAAGGUGUUCCUAAUGUUUUGUACACUCAGUGUAGCCUGAAAAUGUUUUCAUUUUGUUUGUUUGAAUCAUCGAAAAGCAGAAGCCAUUUGGCCUGGAAACACACACACACACACACACACACACACACACACACACACACACACACACACACACACACACACACACACACACACACACACACACACACACACACACACACACACACACACACACACACACACACACAGCCACACACAGACACACACAGACACACACAGCCACACACACACAGACACACACAGACACAAACACACACAGACACACACUUUGGACAAAGGGUGAAGGAUGACAAUGCACAAGAAGAAAGCCUGCUGCUAUUGGUGAUGGGGAUUUUUUUUUUAACUAAAGUGUUUGGUCCUUCAGCAAAUACUUUAAUGUGGACAUACUGUGAUUUGUCUGUGGAUGGAUGAGUAUGUGUAUCGUGGUAUCUGUUUGAUUGAUGUUCCAUUCAAAUGGAUUUACAGCUUCCCUCAUGCAACACUCAGAGACAUAAUAUUAGAGUAAUACCACUUCCAGGUUGUCUCUGUUUAUCCUACUGAUGUUUUCUUAGGUUUGUACUCCUUUCUGUCUACCACCUCCAUACCUCUAUCCCUCUAUCCCUCCACCCGUCUAUCCUUCUAUCCCUCCAUACCUCUAUCCCUCUAUCCCUCCACCCUUCUAUCCUUCCAUCCCUCCAUCCUUCCAUCCUUCUAUCCUUCUAUCCCUCCACACCUCUACCCCUCCACCCCUAUAUCCCUUUAUCCCUCUACCACUCCAUCUACCCCUCCAUCACUCCACCCCUCUAUCCCUCCAUACCUCCACCCCUCUACCCUACUAUCUACCCCUCCAUCCCUCCACCCCUCUACCCUACUAUCUACCCCUCCAUCCCUCCACUCCUCUACCCUACUAUCUACCCCUCCACCCCUCUAUCCCUCCAUCCUUCCAACUGCCCCUCCAUCCCUCUAUCCCUCUAUCCUUCCAUCCUUCUAUCCUUCUAUCCCUCCACACCUCUACCCCUCCACCCCUAUAUCCCUUUAUCCCUCUACCACUCCAUCUACCCCUCCAUCACUCCACCCCUCUACCCCUCCAUCCCUCCACUCCUCUACCCUACUAUCUACCCCUCCAUCCCUCCACCCCUCUAUCCCUCCAUCCUUCCAACUGCCCCUCCAUCCCUCUAUCCCUCUACCCUGCUACCCCUCCAUCCCUCUACCCCUCCAUCCCUCCAACCCUCUAUCCCUCCAUCCUUCCAACUGCCCCUCCAUCCCUCUACCCCGCUACCCAUCCAUCCCUCUACCACUCCAUCCAUCUACCCCUCCAUCCCUCCACUCCUCUACCCUACUAUCUACCCCUCCAUCCCUCCACCCCUCUAUCCCUCCAUCCUUACAACUGCCCCUCCAUCCCUCUAUCCCUCUACCCUGCUACCCAUCUAUCCAUCUACCCCUCCAUCCAUCUAUUCCUCUAUCCUUCCAACUGCCCCUCCAUCCCUCUAUCCCUCUACCCUGCUACCCAUCCAUCCCUCUACCACUCCAUCCAUCUACCCCUCCAUCCCUCUAUCCCUCCAUCCUUCCAACUGCCCCUCCAUCCCUCUACCCCGCUACCCAUCCAUCCCUCUACCACUCCAUCCCUCUACCACUCCAUCCAUCUACCCCUCCAUCCCUCUACCACUCCAUCCAUCUAUUCCUCCAUCCUCUGUCCUUCUGGAUCUGAAGCCUAAUUUAGACACACUUUCCCAGUUAAACAAAGAUAACCCUGAAGGAGCUGCAAAGCUUCACAGCGGAGAUUGGAGUAUCUGUCCAUACGACCACUUUAAGCCGUACACUCCACAGAGCUGUGCUUUACGGAAGAGUGGCCAGAAAAAGACAUUGCUUAAAGAAAAUAAUAAGCAAACACGUUUGGUGUUCGCCAAAAGGCAUGUGGGAGACUCCCCAAACACGUUUGGUGUGCGCCAAAAGGCAUGUGGGAGACUCCCCAAACACGUUUGGUGUUCGCCAAAAGGCAUGUGGGAGACUCCCCAAACAUAUGGAAGAAGGUACUCUGGUCAGAUGAGACUAAAAUUGAGCUUUUUGGCCAUCAAGGAAAACGCUGUCUGGCGCAAACCCAACAACUCUCAUCACCCCGAGAACCUCAUCCCCACAGUGAAGCAUGGUGGUAGCAGCAUCAUGCUGUGGGGAUGUUUUUCAUCAGCAGGGACUGGGAACCUGGUCAGAAUUUAAGGAAUGAUGGAUGGUGCUGAAUACAGGGCACAUCUUGAGGGAAACCUGUUUCAGUCUUCAAAAGAUUUGAGACUGGGAUGGAGGUUCACCUUCCAGCAGGAACAAUGACCCGAAGAAUACUGCUAUACCCAGAGUUCCGUCUAUACCCAGUGUUGGAAAGCACCAGUUGGGUCUAUAAAGUACAGAGCACUCAUUGUUCUUGGAGAUUUAGGAGAAUUCUCAUAAGAACAAUCAGCUUCUCUGUUCAAGCUUGUAUUAUUGCCCACGGAACUGGCCUGGUCCUGCUGUUCACAGAACUCUCCACUUUCUCUCUUGUUCUCUCUCUCUCUCUCUCUCUCUCUCACACACACACUCUCUAUGUUCUGUGUGUGUCUCUCUCUCUCUCUCUAUGUUCUGUGUCUCUAUAAGUUCUUACGUAAACAAAAUCUGCCCCUGGUAAUGGAAGACCAUUGUUAAUAAUGUGUUUUGCUUGAGGUGGUUGGAUGAGCUCAGAUGACCAGGUCCUUAACCCAGAUAUCCACAGAGCAGUUUCAUAAUUCUGCGUCUAAUAAAACAUCUCAGAGAAGUGUUGCUGAUCCAGGAUCAGUUUUUGGCUUUCAUAAUGGGUAAGAUUAUAUGGACUGGGAAUACUUUGGAAAACAGAUCCUGUUUUUCUCAAAGGGGAUACUAAACUUUUAAAUUGGUCAUUCACAAAGCACUUCGAUAGAAUAUAGUGUUACAUGUACUGUCAGUAUCUUAAUGUACAAAUGAUGAAACUUUGAGAUGGAAGACAAGUGUUUUUCUUCGCAAUAUGAAGCGGCCCCCCCAAAAAAAUUACCUCUUCUUAAGGUUUGAGUUUAACAAACUUUUUAGGCGUUUCACAUGUGAUCAUCCCCAGUGCUUGACUUGGACUGAAAUAGGGACUCAUUUCGGGUUCCUGUACUGUUUAUAUUUAGGUGCAGCAGCUCCACAAUACUUUUGAGCUAAUAUUCUAUUAACAGGAACAGGAACUCAAGCAGUAGAACGUUCAGUUCCUGGACCAAGUCAAGCACUAACCGUCCCCUAUGCAUUUAAAAGGUGGAGUUGAUGCAUGCAUUGAUAUGUUGUGUAUUUUUUAAAUGUGUUUAUUGAAGUUCUAUUUCUCUGUAUAGUAUUUUUCUACAUGAUGCUUUUCUCCCUCGGUGGAUCGAAGCACAAGAAAGGAAAGAAACGUAUCGAUCUAGGUCAUUGAGAUUGAGAUCGGGCUGAUGAUGUAACCGUUGUUUUUAUUUUGACUUUUUUUUAUUUUUAUGAAGGAAAAAAAAAGGUGG